AGUCAGAGAGGCAGCAGUAAACCAUCAGAGCCUCAACAUGAAAGUCCGUCACACUUUGAUCUGCUUCUUCUUCCUCUCUCUGCAGGAUGGAAACACUGGUCUCACCAAUGCCCAGAUCACAUCUGUCCAUACAGGAACUGAAGGAGGAGAUAUCACAGUUACAUGCCCCUUUUCUUCACCUGGAAGCUCGAUGUUCUUUUGCAAGAGAGAAUGUAAACCAGAGGACAUCCUCAUUCACACAACUGGUGUCAGAGAUCAGAGAGGCAGAUACAGCAUCACAUAUGAAGGAGGAUAUUCUUUAUAUUCUAAAUAUGUUUUUGUGAGCAUCAUACAGCUGACCAAGUCUGACUCAGGACUGUACAGCUGUGGUCUGGGUGGAUCAAGCAUCAAGUUUGAAAUCAUUGUUGUAGAUGCACUGCUGGAUGGAAGUCCUCCUGAAGACAAAUCCCUCUAUACAAGAGCUGGAGGAAAUAUUGUAGUUGGAUGCUCCUUUACUGUCUCUGGAAGCAAGAAGUACUUCUGCAAGGAAGAAUGUGAAGAGAAAGACAUUCUUGUUGAAACAACUGGUUACACAGCUGAGAGAGGCAGAUACAGCAUCAGAUAUACACAACGAUCUCUGACAGAUGUAUCUGUGUAUGUGAGCAUCACACAGCUGACCGAGUCUGACUCAGGACGGUACAGGUGUGGUCUGGACAGACCUUUAUCACCAGAUCCCUACUGGGAGUUUGAGAUCAUUGUCACAGAUGGUUGGGCCUCCACCUCCACCUCCAUGCUGCUGUAUGCUGUUCUGAUUCCUGUCAUCAUCGUCAUCCUCUCAGGGUUGACACUGAUUAUAAUCUGUAUUCAGAGGAACACAAGACCUGAGGGUGAGGCAACAGUAAACUCUUACACAGCAACAACAACAAGUGAAACUUCCCAUUUCUCAUCAAAAAUGACAUUUCAGUCAGGAGACUGA